CAACAGGCCUGUAAUAAGUUCAGAAAGCUUGCAGGCCUUUCCAGACUCUGUAACACCAGAGGUUCCCAUCUAAUAUCUGAAUUGGUUCAUCUAGUUCAGGGGUCAGCAACCUUUUUCAGCCGUGGGCCGGUCCACCGUCCCUCAGACCAUGUGGUGGGCCAGACUAUAUUUUGAACAAAAAUAUGGACGAAUUCCUAUGCCCCAUAAAUACCCCAGAGAUGCAUUUUAAAUAAAAGGAUACAUUCUACUCAUGUAAAAACACACCAAUUCCUGGACUGUCCACGGGCCGGAUUUAGAAGGCGAUCGGGCCGCAUCCGGCCCAUGGGCCUUAGGUUGCCUACCCCUGAUCUAGUUAGUCCAGGAUUGGACCUGGGGGCUUCUGCAUGCAAAGCAUGUCGCCUGCCACUCAGCCCAGCCUGACUUACCUUGACUUUGAAACUGCUAGGAAGGGAAGGGGAAUACAUACUAUAUUUUAUGCUGGUAAAUGUGGGCUCACUGGAUCCAACCCCCCCCCCCAUCAAUAUUAUUACGCAAAACAGUGAGAAGAGCAUUGCCUUCACAUACCAUUCUACUGAACACUCUGAAAAUAUUGAAGGAGUCUGAGCUAAAGAAGUUCAAGGGCAAACUCCACCAUUUCCCCAUCAAGAAGGGCUUUGUGAAUAUCUUAAAAGGAGUUGCUGGAGGAAGCAAGUGUUUCGGACCUCAGCCAGCUGCUCCUUGUCUACUAUGGCCUGGAUUAUGCCUUGGAAGUGAUGGCCAGAGUUCUGGAAGCCAUCGACUGUGAGCCGCAGGCAGACAGAGAAGAUGACCUGGUCAUGCCCGCUGAUGUGGACAGAAUGGAGAGAGAGGUGGGAAAGGAAAAAGUGUGGCCACUGGAAGGAGUCGCAAUCUCUGCUAAGAAGAUUAUCUGCAAGGGAAGAAAAGAAUUAAUUAAAAUUCUUGGAAUAAACAUUUUACAUGUGUUAUACUCUCACUAUAUUAUCACCUGGAAAGAAUACUGGGACUUAUUGGAAGCAGAGGAAGACUCCAAGGAGAAAAGUAAAAAAUUGCUGCGUAUGAUCCAGGAAAUGGGGGAGCAAGCUUGUUGCCGGUUCCUUGAAUGUGUAGAAAUGGAACAUCUGGGUUCCAUCCAGAAUGUGCUGCUUGCAAUACAUGGCUCAGGGCAAGAUCCAAUCUGGACUUCUGGCCACUUAGGGCUACAGUUAAAAUCCCCCCUGUUUGCAGAGGAUGGAAGGAGCAGGAAGAUGGAAAACCCAGCAGGUUCUGGGGAAAGUGACCGGGGUAGCUGGUGCCCCAGUGAGCAGCUUCCAGAAAAAAUCAAACCAGACGUGGUUUGGGACUCAGAAAGGGGUCACGAAGCAUACAGGUGAGUGAAAUCACUCUUGGAUCUUUUAAGGAUUUCUCACAUCAGGAAACAGUUUCUACUGUGAAAUGAAUUUUGGGAUUCUGACCCUUUGGAAUCCUCUCCCAUUACACAUUGGACAGGUGACAUAGCUCUGAAGAUCUUCUUCCUUCAAAAAGAGUUUAGAUCUUCAUCUCUCCACCUGCAUUGGAAGUACUUUCAAAUGCUUUUGUAUAUGGAUUUUUUAAAAAUGUUUAUAUAGUUUUUUUAAAAAAUAAAUAUGUAACUAUUUUAAACUGUUUUUAUACUUUACCUUACCUCGUGGUUCUAAAUGUUUUGUUUUCAUAAUUGUAUAUUUCAUUGUUAUAACCUGCCUUGGGCCCUUAUGGAAAAGAGCAAGUAAGGAAGCUAAAACAAACAAAUAAAUGCUCCCCAUCUGCAUUUUAUCCUGUUUUUUGCCAGCUCUUGGCCUAUUCAAAUAACAAAUAGAGGGCUGACUAUGGGGCAAACUAGAUGUGAUGGUGACUGUCCACUUUUUUAUACCUGAGUUUCUCCCAAUCACUUUAAAGAAGUAAUGGAGGGGGGGCUAGGUCCAGUUCUUGAGCAAAAAAGGAUACAUGUUGUAGAAUAUUCGCCAUGAGAAUUUUCACUGAAAUGCUAACAGACACCAACACACUGGUGAAACAAGGUGAGUAGCUACUAUCCAGUUUACUUUGCAGCCACUCAGGCAUUUUAAAGUCACCUUUUCGGUAUUGGAAGAAAACGUUUAUUUAUCUGGCCGUCUCUUAGUGAAAGCGCUUCUCUAUGGCAAAAUGCUUGAGUGCAACAGAGCGAUGUUUACCCAGGCAAUUUCCUUCCCUAAACUUACUCCUUACUCGGCAUAUGAAGGGUCUCCUUGCAGAAAUAUCGAUUAGAACAGCAGAAGAAGUUCUCUUGAUCCAUGUUCAACCCGC